UUCUUGACGUCAAGAAAAGGUCUUCAUUCAAACCUUCUGGUUAACAUGAAGAAUAGUCCACCAUUGCUAUUUUGCCUCUACAUCUUCCCCAUCAUCUUCUCGUUAACAGCCAUUAACAUAUAUACACCAAAAUCUAUUUUACACUUCAUAAACAUUUUGAUCUUGUAUUCUUUCUCCAUAAAAAUCAAAUCUUUAUCACACAUUAUAACUUUUCUUGAGUUUUCCUUUCUGGGUUUCCAUUCAUUCUAUAUUUAAUUUCUGGGUUUCAAAAAUCUUUAAUUUUUAAGUGAAAAUGGGGAAAGAUAAGAGGAAAAAGAUGCAUCUUAGCAAGAUGUAUUCAAUUAGAAGAAAUGGGUUUGAAGAAGAUCUUUCACAAAUUGGCGGGAAAGGGUUUUCAAGAGUAGUUCAUUGCAAUGAAAAUGGUGGAUUAGAGGGUAUUAAUUUGCAAAAUUAUGCUGAUAAUUAUGUGAGGUCAACAAAGUAUACACCAGUUACAUUUCUACCAAAGUCAUUGUUUGAACAGUUUAGAAGAGUGGCUAAUUUUUAUUUUCUUGUUACUGGGAUAUUGGCUUUUACACCGUUAGCUCCUUAUUCUGCUGUUAGUGCUAUACUUCCUCUUAUUGUUGUCAUUGGUGCUACCAUGGUUAAAGAAGGGAUUGAAGAUUGGCAAAGACAGCAGCAGGAUCAUGAGGUCAACAAUCGAAUAGUCAAAGUCCACAGUGGUAGAGGCGAUUUCGCAACGAGUCAAUGGAAAAAACUAAAAGUUGGUGACAUUGUGAAGGUAGAAAAAGAUGAAUUCUUCCCUGCAGAUCUUCUAUUACUUUCAUCUAGCUAUGAGGAUGCAAUAUGUUACGUCGAAACAAUGAAUCUAGACGGCGAAACAAAUUUAAAACUAAAACAAUCAUUAGAUGCAACUUCUUCAAUCAAUGAAGAUUCAAAGUUUAAUAACUUCAAAGCUACAGUUAAAUGUGAAGAUCCAAAUGCUAGUUUGUAUACAUUCGUUGGAACGAUGAAUUUUCAAGAACAGCGGUAUGCACUUUCGCCUCAACAGCUUCUGUUGAGAGAUUCCAAGCUUAGAAACACAGAUUACAUUUACGGUGCUGUUAUUUUCACCGGUCAUGACACGAAAGUAAUUCAAAAUUCAACUGACCCACCUUCGAAAAGAAGCAAAAUCGAGAAACGAAUGGAUAGUAUCAUCUAUUUCUUGUUCUUUGUCUUGUUUCUAAUGGCGUUUGUAGGAUCGAUUUACUUUGGGGUUGUGACGAAAGAUGAUUUAGAUGGGAGUAGAAUGAAAAGAUGGUAUUUACGACCUGAUGAUUCGGAUAUUUACUUCGAUCCGGAUCAGGCUCCAUUGGCGGCAAUUUUUCACUUUUUAACAGCUGUAAUGCUUUACAGUUACUUGAUCCCGAUUUCUUUAUAUGUGUCUAUAGAAAUUGUGAAAGUACUGCAGACGAUUUUUAUUAACAAGGAUGUUCAUAUGUACGAUGAAGAGUCGGACAAACCGGCGCACGCUCGGACAUCGAAUUUGACUGAAGAACUCGGUCAAAUCGAUACCAUUUUGUCCGAUAAAACCGGGACUUUGACUUGUAACUCGAUGGAGUUUAUCAAGUGUUCGGUGGCGGGGACCGCUUACGGGCGGGGAGUUACGGAAGUCGAGAGAGCUAUGGCCAAACGGGUCAACGGUGAGGAUCGUUUCGAUGAGAUUGUCACCGAAGCUUAUUCUCAUUUAUCUGUAAAAGGAUAUAAGUUUGAAGAUGAAAGGAUUACAAACGGGCGAUGGGUUAACGAGCCACAUUCCGACGUGAUUCAAAAGUUUCUUCGGUUAUUGGCGAUAUGUCAUACUGCUAUUCCGGAUGUGGAUGAGGAGACCGGGAAGGUGACAUAUGAAGCGGAAUCACCGGAUGAGUCGGCUUUUGUGAUUGCAGCUAGAGAACUCGGUUUUGAAUUUUACAAACGGACGCAAACAAGUGUUACGUUUAAGGAAUUUGAUCCUAAAUCUAAGAAACGCGUCGAAAGGUCAUAUGAACUUUUGAACAUUUUGGAGUUCAACAGUACACGAAAGAGAAUGUCGGUUAUAGUACGAGACGAUGAAGGAAAGCUACUUUUACUGUGUAAAGGUGCUGACAGUGUUAUGUUUGAAAGACUUUCUAAAAAAGCGCGACAGUUUGAAGAGAAGACAAGAGACCAUGUGCAUGAGUACGCUGAUGCGGGAUUACGGACGUUAAUACUUGCGUAUCGUGAACUUAACGAGAAAGAAUAUGAAGAAUUCAAUGAGAAGUUUACAGAAGCUAAAAACUCCGUAAGUGCAGACCGAGAUGAUAUGAUAAGUGAAGUGACAGAUCAGAUUGAGAAUGAUUUGAUACUUCUUGGAGCAACUGCCAUUGAAGACAAACUUCAAAAAGGGGUCCCAGAGACCAUUGACAAACUUGCUCAAGCUGGAAUCAAGAUAUGGGUUCUGACUGGUGAUAAAAUGGAAACCGCCAUUAAUAUAGGAUUUGCAUGUAGUCUGCUUAGACAAGGAAUGAAGCAAAUUGUAAUAACGUUAGAAUCACCGGAGAUUAUAGCAGCUGAAAAAGCCGGUGACAAAAAUAGCAUUGCUAAAGUUUCGAAAAACAGUGUCCAAAAGCAAAUAGCAGCAGGGAAAGCUCAGAUUUAUGCUUCGAAAUCUGACGCAUACGCUUUAAUUAUCGACGGGAAAUCUCUUGCAUACGCUUUAAAUGAUGACACGAAAAACGAGUUUUUAGAACUUGCAGUUGGCUGUGCUUCUGUUAUAUGUUGUCGUUCAUCACCGAAACAAAAAGCACUGGUUACAAGACUUGUUAAAGAGGGAACCGGAAAAACUGUAUUAGCCAUUGGUGAUGGAGCGAACGAUGUGGGAAUGCUUCAAGAAGCCGACAUAGGUAUCGGUAUCAGUGGUGUUGAGGGAAUGCAGGCGGUCAUGUCAAGUGAUAUCGCGAUUGCUCAGUUUCGGUUUUUGGAACGCUUGCUAUUAGUCCAUGGACAUUGGUCUUACAGAAGAAUUUCUUCAAUGAUAUCCUACUUUUUCUAUAAGAACAUAGUAUUUGGAACCACGAUUUUCUUAUACGAGGCUUAUACAUCAUUCUCCGGUCAACCCGCUUAUAAUGAUUGGUAUUUGACUCUUUACAACAUCGUUUUCACAUCACUUCCCGCGAUUGCAUUGGGCGUAUUUGACCAAGAUGUAUCUGCUCGGCUUUGUCUCAAGUUCCCUUUGCUAUACCAAGAAGGGGUGCAAAACACACUAUUCAGAUGGCGACGAGUAUUCAGUUGGAUGCUCAACGGGCUAUUCAGUGGCAUAAUCAUCUUCUUCCUCUGCAUGAAAUCCUUAAAUCCCGAUUCUUACGACAAGAACGGAAAGACAGCCGGGAUGGAAAUCAUGGGGGCCACAAUGUACUCAUGUGUCGUAUGGGUUGUCAACUGCCAAAUGGCGCUAGCCGUUAGUUACUUCACCUUAAUACAACACAUUUUCAUAUGGGGAGGUAUAUUCCUGUGGUACCUCUUCCUAAUAGUUUACGGUGCACUCCCUUCAUCCGUUUCCACUACCGCUUAUAAAGUGUUUGUGGAAACACUUGCACCCGCGCCUACCUAUUGGCUCGUGACCCUUUUCGUGGUGAUUGCUUCUUUGAUACCUUAUAUUUGCUUUAAGGCGGUUCAAAUGAGGUUCUAUCCGGGGUACCAUGGGAUGGUUCAAUGGAUAAGGCAUGAGGGUCGAGCAAACGACCCUGAGUACUUCCAAAUGGUUCGACAACAGUCCAUUAGGACGACGAACGUUGGGUUCACGGCUCGUUCGAUAGCAAGGGAUAAAGAGUUUGAAUGGCAUCUCGAGAGAUGAUUUGGGAUAUGGUCAUAUUUGUAUCAAGCUGUUGUUUGUACAAGGUUAUGUACAUGUAGAUAGUGGCAGUUUUAAGAAUUAUAAUUCUUUUAUUUAUUAUUUACAGUAGCACAAAAUUUUUUUAAGGGAAUUUUGUUGUAAACUUCUGUAAAUAAAGAGUAGAAUAAACAGUCUUGUGUUAUUUUAGAU